CGGCGCGGCCCCGCCCGGGAGCGCGCCCCGCCCUGCCUCCCGCCCGCGCCCGCCGCAGCGCCGCUCCCUGCAGCCGCCCGGCGGGGUGUGGAGGAGGCGGCCGCUCGCUCCCGCCGUCCCUCCCGCUCUGCCGCCCGCUCGUCCGCCGCCCCGCAGGCCGCCCCGAUCCGCUCAGAAAAUGAUGCACCCUGUUGCCAGCAGCAAUGCAGCUUUCUGUGGGACCGGCAAGAGCUCCUGCCUCAACGAGGACAGCGUGAGGGCCGCCGAGCAGUUCGACCUGUACGCCGCGCAGCAGAGCAAGUACGGCCACGCCGUCGGCCACAAACCCAUCGCCUGCCAGCGGCAGGACGCCCUCAACGAGCCCCACCUGCAGGCCACGAGCGGCAGGAGUAUAGAGACAAAAGAUGAACUGAAGAAAAAGAAAAACCUCAACCGCUCCGGUAAACGUGGAAGGCCGUCAGGGACCACAAAAUCAGCAGGGUACCGCACCAGCACAGGCCGACCCCUGGGGACCACCAAAGCAGCUGGAUUUAAGACAAGUCCAGGCAGACCCUUGGGUACAACUAAAGCAGCAGGAUACAAAGUCAGCCCAGGCAGACCUCCAGGAAAAAAGCAGCAAGCCUUCAGGUGUUCCAGUGAUGCCUAACACAUAUUGCGCUGGACUUUGUGCUGUACUUUACACUAGGUGUGUUGCAUUGUUUUGGGGGAACUCUGUAUGCACUGGCAACUAGGACAGUGAACCUCAGCUGUACUGGACGGCUCCUUAGUCCCUAGAUGAGCUAAUGGCAGCUAAACUGCUACUAACAACCAGCUCCUUCGUGCUGAAGCCGUGAAGUCCAGCCCGUUCCGUUCCUCGGCGAACCCGCAGCCGGACCUUGGGCAGCCCUCACGACGGUGUCGCUUCGGCACGCGCGGGAGGCCGACGAGAGCCGCUGCACCCUCGGCACCUGCGUUGUGUUGGCUGCUCUCAAUCAGAUGGUUUUCCCACGACGGACUGCUCCCAGUUCUUCGAGCUCAGCUGGCACAGCAGUCCCCUUUGGCCGAAUGUGUACCCGCAGGAGGGUCACCCCGCGCCGCAAGGAGCGUGUUGCAUGUCACCGCUGUACCCUGGAGAACCUCCACCUCUUACCUCCUGCUGCUGCUCCCGGCCACUCCUGUCCCGUUGCUCAGCUGUGCGUCUCCCCGGUGGUGCUGUGCCGUGUGCCAGGAGCUGGUGCAGAUGUGUCGCUGUUCUGCUCGUGUAAUGAAUUCUGUAUUCAAGUAUGCUGAUGAAAUCAUGACCUCGCCUAGGCAAUUGCUGUCCAUUGCAGUGUUUGUUGGGUCCCUCAGAGGGAACGCAGCCCCAGUCGACGCCGCGUAGCGCUGCCGGCCGUGCUGGCUGCUGGGCGCUCCCCAGGCCUGCUUCAGUCGAGAGCUGACUGGUGCCCCGCAGCCAGGGGAAGGGAAAAGAAGCUAAGGAGAUUCAAAGUGAACUAGAAAUGGAAUUCUGCUUCUCCUGUGUGUGACCUGCAGAGUGCAUUGUGCUGUUUUCCAGCACUUCUCUUCCCGAGAGAAGCCCUGAGCGGCAUGGCAGUGGCUCAGCUUGAUUAGUACCGGCGGGAAAACUGGCCUUGCCCCAGUGUGGGAGCAUGACUUGUAAGGUAAAUGGCUUCUUUUAUAUUCUGUCCCACCCUUCAGCUACUCAUAAGCUAGGAUCACUGUUGUGUGUUAACACUGUUGGGAAGAGCUACAUGUCAGGUUUGGGUUUUAGCAAUUUCUUUUAAUUACGGAGUUCCUAACACCUCCUUUAUGCAUAACCGUAGUAGCUUGCUGUGACUCCUCCAGGACGCUGUACGAGGGCACUGUUUGAGACACCUAUGGCAACUGCUAUUCAGUUUCUGAUUACAUUUACUUUAACUUUAAAACCAAAUAAUUUUGCUACUACCAAGUCUUGCACUGGACAUACUCAAGAUGCUAGCACCGUGUUUGGAGAGAAGCAAAAUCAGGUAGCAUCAGAGGUGGCUGACUUUGAUACAGAAGAGCAUUUCUGAGCUCAGUGGUUAGCUGUGUCUCUAACCCACUGUUCUUAGAGCUGGGAUUUAACCUGAUCAAACUAACCAUGUCUCGAGAGCCAUUAAAAAUCUCUCUUCUGGGUGAAUCUCUUUUCAUUUGGUCUGAAAGAUGCUAGAGCUCAGCCAGGACAAAGCCGAGCCUUGUCCCUGACAAGUGCUGU